AUGGCCGCCGCCACAGCGGAUGAACAGGAAGUGACAUCACGCUCCCGCCGUUGCCAUGGCAACGGGCCCGCCGCGCCCUGCCGUGACGUCACGGCGGCGCCGGCCAAUCAGAGCGCGGCUCGGCCGUUGUUGCUGGGGGAGCGUCACGUGGGAGGGGAGGGGCGCGUGGGGGAUCACCGCCCCCGGCACCGCACCGGCACCGGCAGCGCGCCCGCACACCGGCACCGCCAGCGCCGCAGACCCAUCACCGUCAUCCGGGGCCUGGCGGGAUCCCUGCGCCUCAGUGAGCCCAAAAACCCCCAAAAUCACCCCAAAAAUAACCCCAAAAAUAACCCAAAUCCCCCCAUCACCGUCAUCCGGGGCCUGGCGGGGUCCCUGCGCCUCAACCUGGGUCUGUUCAGCACCAAGACCCUGGUGGAGGCCAGCGGGGAGCACGCCGUGGAGGUGCGCACGCAGGUGCAGCAGCCCUCGGACCAGAACUGGGACCUGUCGGGCACGCGGCAGGUGUGGCCCUGCGAGAGCAGCCGCUCCCACACCACCAUCGCCAAGUACGCCCAGUACCAGGCCAGCUCCUUCCAGGAGUCCCUGCAGGAGGACAAGGACAGUGAGGAUGAGGAGGCCGAGGAACCCGACAGCACCACCGAGACCCCGCCCAGCCCCCCCGACCAGAAAUCCCACCAGAUCAUCAAGUUCGGGACCAACAUCGACCUCUCGGACGCCAAGAGGUGGAAGCCGCAGCUGCAGGAGCUGCUGAAGCUGCCCGCCUUCAUGCGCGUCUCCUCCACGGGGAACAUGCUGAGCCACGUGGGCCACACCAUCCUGGGCAUGAACACCGUGCAGCUCUACAUGAAAGUGCCCGGCAGCCGCACGCCCGGCCACCAGGAGAACAACAACUUCUGCUCGGUGAACAUCAACAUCGGCCCCGGCGACUGCGAGUGGUUCGCGGUGCACGAGCACUACUGGGAGACCAUCUCCGCCUUCUGCGACAGGCACGGCGUGGACUACCUGACGGGCUCGUGGUGGCCCAUCCUGGAGGACCUGUACCGCUCCAACAUCCCGGUGUACCGCUUCGUGCAGCGCCCCGGCGACCUGGUGUGGAUCAACGCCGGCACCGUGCACUGGGUGCAGGCCACGGGCUGGUGCAACAACAUCGCCUGGAACGUGGGGCCGCUGACCGCGUACCAGUACCAGCUGGCCCUGGAGCGCUACGAGUGGAACGAGGUGAAGAACGUCAAGUCCAUCGUGCCCAUGAUCCACGUCUCCUGGAACGUGGCACGGACCGUCAAGAUCAGCGACCCCGACCUCUACAAGAUGAUCAAGUACUGCCUGCUGCAGUCCAUCAAGCACUGCCAGGUGCAGCGGGAGAAUUUGCUGCGCGCCGGGAAGAAAAUCGCGUACCAGGGCCGGGUGAAGGACGAGCCGGCGUAUUACUGCAACGAGUGCGACGUGGAGGUGUUCAACAUCCUGUUUGUGACGAGCGAGACGGGCGGGCGCAACACGUACCUGGUGCACUGCGAGGGCUGCGCGCGGCGCCGCGCCGGCGGCCUGGCCGGGGUCGUGGUGCUCGAGCAGUACAAGACCGAGGAGCUGAUGCACAUCUACGACGGCUUCACCCUGGUGACGCCGCCGACCCCCAGAUGAGUCCGGCCCCCCCCAGGGGACCCCUCGGCGGGGGAGGGGCCGGGAGGGGCCCCCGCCCCUCCCCCCACGAACACUUUUUAUUUAUUGGCGGAGAAAUCGCCCCAAAACUCGUCCGGACGGGCAGGACGCCCCUCCCCCACCGCGGGGGGAGGGGGUUUGGGGGGGAAAACUCCGAUUUUAUACAAAA